AUGAUAGGAGGGCGGGCCAACUACUUGACGGUGCAAGUGGCAUUGAGGGCUUGCGAAGGGAUUGGGUCUGUUUCCGUGCCCCUCCGCAUGACAUUGCUGUUUGAAUCGGGGCAAGUCGUGGAUGACCAAGACAUAUUUCGCAUCAUGGGGUCCAACACGUUGGUAUUGAAUGGAGAUGACUCGGUGGCGACCAUUCAUUUCCGCCUCGACAAGGUGAGUCGCCGCAAAGAUGGCCAGCGCUUCAAGCUUAAAAUCGACGUGGACCCCACUCGCAGCGUGCUCUCGGGGGUAACCCCCGUUGUGACGACACCCAUUUGUGUCUUGUCCAAGCGCAAGUCGGUGGACGUUCCAACCACUGCCCCCGCUGCCAACGUGGACAGUAACUCCCCCCGAAAGCAACUAAAACAUGGUGAAGUCGUACUUGCAAAGCAAAUAGCGGCCAUGCAAGCUCAAUUGUCUCGCCUCAUGGGGCUCGUGGAAGCGCAACAUCGCCUCCUGGUUCGCCUGAGUUUAUCGCCCGCCCCCAAAGACAUUGACACGCUUCUGAAAGAAGAAGACACGUCCUUUCACGCAGCCAUGCUCGACACGUCCGACCCAGUCCACUCGUUCCUAAACCAGGCGACGAUGCCGCUGCCCCUUGGAACAUUUUGCUUCGACCGUUAA